CUAGCAAAACGAAAUGGCAAAACGAAACCCCCAGCUACCACUGCGCUACUACACUGUAGAGUCUCAAUUUCUUACGGGAUCGCUGAGUGGCUACGUUUCUCUGUUGGUUAGUUGAAUGGUGUUCAGAAAUAAUAGGUAUAUAACGUAGCGUUUGAGGUUGGACCUUGGAAAUCUGAGAUCAUAGCAAACGCUCGCCGCCAUCACGUGUUGCGCGCGCCGAACCUGCACCAAUCUCCUAGGUUUUUUUCUUAAUACCUUUCAUUCGCAGACCACGGCCAUCUCCGCUGUCGCGUCCCUAGUCCUCUCCACCGACACCCUUCGUGUUUUCAAUAGCACCCGCUUUCUCCUUAACGAUUGACGAUACUGAUUUGAGGAUUCCUCAUAAUUUACAUCAUAAGCCUCACUAAGUCUCACUAAACCUCACAUCUUCUUGUAAUGUUUUCUUCGCGGAAUAAAAAGGCGGGUGAUUGCGAAAAGAGGGAAAUUUGUCGAGGCUGGCCCAGUCGGCAUACAACUCGCCCUACUCGCACGUCCGGGCCCCGAACCCCCCAUCCCGAUACCGACCCAUACGCUCCGCUUCAUGGGAGUGCCCUCUCUACCCUUAAGGCCAUGGGAUAUGACCCCAAGACCAUGAACGAGCGCGGUGUUGUCUGGGCUGAGGAUCAGGAUCCCUUUGGUCAUGUCAUGCAGUCGCAGUACACGCACUUCCUGGGCACAUGUUUCCACCGCGUUAUGGAGAGUUACGACAAUGCUCUCAGUGAGGACGAGUACAACGACAUGGUCUUUGCGAGGAACGUUGUCCCGUCAUCCGGAAGUAAGGCAGGUCCAUCAUUAUCCUCAUGUCGUUCUCUUCGAUGUACUCCGCAGACCGGAAUUGUUGUUUUUGAGGUCGUUUGGGUGUCAACGACGAGGCGGGAGAGGCCGGGGAGGAGCCGGGGUGAUAUGGGGAGGAUGAUGGGUGAGCUAAGCGCAGCGUGAAAGGCGAUAGGGUUGGAUUUUGAACUGGAUAUUGUGGAGGUGGUGAACAGACUUGCUGUAUAUUAUGGAUAGGGGAAAGUUGGGAUAGAACGAGUACAUUCGACAUCGUCUGAAAUACACCAAUACACC